AUGCCUGCUUAUGAAUAUUGUCAGCUUGUUGUUGAGGCCAAGUUCAUAGUUUUUAAGUUGAAGGAGUCGAUUGGGCCUAAUGGGGUUACGUACAGCUGUUUGAUUGAAGGGUUUUGUGAUGUGGCUUCAAAGAUUUGGAAUUUGAUGGUGGAUCAAGGGUUUGACCCGGAUAUUGGUGCCAUUGAUAAAAUGAUGGAGACCCUUUUCAAGACGAAUCGAUACGGUGAGGCAUUGAAGGUUUUUCAGAUGAUGAGGGUGAAUAGGAUGGAUGAUUUGGGUCUUUCAACUUAUAGGCUUGUGAUUGAGUGGAUGUGUAAAAGGGGGAAGAUUGAGGAAGCUCAUGUGGUGUUCGAGGAAAUGCAAAAGAGAAGGAUCGAAGCAGAUAAUUCCGCAUUGGCUUCACUGGUUUACGGCCUUUUAGCAAGAGGUAGAGUUAGAGUGGCAUAUAAGAUUGUGGAAGGGAUUGAAAAACCGGAUAUUAACGUGUUCCAUGGGAUGAUCAAGGGCCUUUUAAGGUUAAGAAAAUUGCGUGAAGCAACAGAAGUGUUUAGGGAGAUGAUUAAAAAGGGGUGUGAGCCUAACAUGCACACUUAUAUCAUGUUAUUGCAAGGACAUUUGGGAAAGAGAGGAAGGAAGGGAUCGGAUCCUCUUGUGAAUUUUGAUACCAUUUUUGUUGGUGGUCUGGUUAAGGCAGGGAAGUCACUAGAAGCCACCAAGUAUGUAGAGAGAGUAAUCAAAAGAGGACUUGAGGUUCCUAGAUUUGAUUAUAAUAAGUUUUUGCAUUACUACUCAAAUGAGGAAGGGGUGGGGAUGUUUGAGGUGGUGGGGAAAAAACUGAGGGAGGUCGGGUUGGUUGAUUUGGCGGAUAUUUUUCCGAGAUACGGGGAGAAAAUGGCCACGAGAGAUAGAAGAAGAAAUAGAGAAGUAGAGCCAUGA